UCGUCCGCCCUUUCCAUUUUGUUGUUCUAAAAGUAGUGAAAGCGACCCUGGAGGCUUUUCCGCCUGCUUUUCCAGUCAGUUUAACCAACAGCGUCUGAAUUAUACGACGGCGUAGCGAAAUUCUCGGACGCUUUAGAGUAGAGAGCAGCUAAAGUUUGGUCAAAGCUCGCGGGCACUGAGAGGGAGCUCGCGGGCGCGGGGAAGACGGCGGGGUGUUUCCUCGCGCGAGGAGUAAAGAUGACCCGGUAAGACGUGAUUACCGAAGGCGCGCGGACUCGGCCUGCCCGCUGCAGUGGAGUUUUGGGUCGGAAUGGCAGCUGCGGUGUCGAGCUCAGGCUUCCGAUAAGAGCAGAUGGAAGAGGGGGUAGACAGCAGGGGGCAGGAAUAUCAGAGCACCAACGAGCCCACGCUCCCUGGUCCCCAAGUGGCAGAGUCCCAGCCUCAACACACCCAACAGCCCGCCAUACAAAACCAAGGGCUUCCCAUCAUGCACUGGGAAGACCUGAGCUUGCGAAUAGCAGAGCUUGAGAAACAGGAGGAAGAGAGAAGGAAAAAAGCAGAGUGCCUGAGUUUGACAGAAGAAGAAUCGGUGCUAGGACAGUGGCCACAGGUGAAGCACCAGUCACUUCUCAGGAAACAGUGGGGAGAUGGGGGUGACUUUGGUGGAUAUCGCUUUCCAGUCAUUACAUCUCGGUUUAAUAGUCCCAAAAACCUACAACUGUGUUUUAUCAACAACAGUGAGAGCGAGGAAGAGGAUGAUGAGGGGACAUCCAGCAGAGAGAGUCCGUGUGGCACACAUGGAUGUGGGCGACGUUCUGCCGGCCUGAAACAGGAAGUCAGAGCAGCUCUGAGCGAUCUCAGAGAUAAGCUCUGGGCCGAACAGAAGCAACAGCACCAGCAGCAGCUGACCAGCAGUGACAUUAGCAUUAGGAGGAAAAUGCUGAGCCACAGUGAGCUGCAGAGUUGCUCCGUGCUUCAGCUGACUGCGCUCAGCACCUCCCUCAAUGAAGACAUUCAGGAUUUGAGCUCUGAGUUAGUGAAGCAUCUGGUUGUGCGAGACCAUCUCCGGACGAAGCAAGAUGCGAUGCUCCUUGAUGUACAGGAUAUGACGUGACUGUGACUCACAUCGAGUCACAAUUAUCUGUCCUUAUGUAAUGGACUUUAUGGACUACAGUGGAAUAUGGAUCUUUUCACAUCAGCAAUUUACUGGAAGUUUUUUAUCUCCUGCUUAUUGCUAUCUAAAUUCACACAGUUUGUCAUUGUACUCAUGGGAAUGUUCAUUUGUAUGUAAGUAAGUUUAUUUUGUCACAAGUUUUAUUGUGAGAACUUUGUCUUUAUCAAUGCAAAUGAGCAGUUCUUAAAUACUAAACAGGAAUGCAACUCAUCAUCGCAAAAUACACCUAGUCACAUAAGGUGCAUUAUUACCAUCAAUAAUAACCAAUCUGUGAAAGCUGCUAUAAAUCCAUGUGUGAUCAGUAACUGAUAUAUUAAACUGAUUAAAUUCCAAUUAAAAAUGCUUCAUGGGAAUAAGAACUGCAUGCAAUAUACCAUACUAUCUGCCAUGAAGGUGUAGUUGGAGACUGGGAUUUUAGUAUCUUUUCCAAUUUAUCAGUGUUUUUUCUGGAAAUGGGCAGAAUUUAUAUAAACUGAGUAAAUCUGUAGCAUUUAUUAAAUAUAUGGUUUAUUUGGUAUUUUUUGUUUAAGUCUCAUUGGUUAUGCUCACUUGAGUAGAAUUUGAGAGAAGAGGAGUAUUUGGGAUGAUUAAAUGUACUUCUUGUAGUGUUUUCCAUUUUUCCAUAUUUGUCUCUCACAUUAUGGAACAUAGUAUACCGUAAUUACAAUAAAAAGUCAUUUUCGGCAGAA